AUGCUCAGGAGUUUGUGUGCAUCGACACCACUUUGGCGAUCGGAUAGGGGGGAGUUCGACUCACAUGAUGUACAUUUGCUCCCCCAGGAAUACUUGCUACGGAAGUUUGACCGUCUCGAGUUUGAUGGAGUUGAUCCCUUCUAUGACGCUGAAAGCAUUUUCGCCGAAGCGUCUCAGCGUAUUGGAAACUAUGGCCCGCGUGCAAGGCUGUGGCGCAUGUCCUCGCAGGAAGCAGCUGCACGGUUUCCGCCUGAGACCUUCGACGUGGUGUUUAUCGAUGGCGAUCACAGCUACUCAGCGGUGCGGGAAGACCUGCGCUUGUGGCGUCCGAAGAUCCGUCCGGGAGGGCUCCUGGCAGGCCACGAUCUUUUCAACUUGGCCUUUGAGGGCGUCCUUGAGGUGCAGGGCCGGGCCGGGUAG